GACGACGACGACGACAGCAGCCGUAGCCUCGACCUCGUUCCGCCUCCUAUUAGAUAUUCGAGAGCGAUUAGGACUAUCCUUCGGCCAAACGCCGUCCUGCUUUUGCAACCGCCCGCUGCUCAUCAUCCGACACCUUUUUUUUAGCAAUACCUGAACUGACUACCACCUCAUUCUACGGACGGCACCUUCUACACCUUCGCAUCCAGUUAGACAUGGACGAACAACUACAUUAUGUAAGCGGGGCCUAAAAUCCCCACUGGGUGAUACUGACGAAAUGGCUAGGCGACAUCAGGUGUAAAACCUCCCGAAGACGGCUGGACGUGGGUUAACCAUCGGAUGAGUAAGAAAGACAGCGCUACCAUGAGGGGUUACUCUGAGGACAUCGAUGCUCUUCUCGUUCUGGUGAGUCUUCGCAUGCACUCUCAUUGGCGGGGAGUUCUCACACGCUUCCAGGACGGCUUAUUCUCUGCCGUCGUCGCAGGCUUCCUCGUCGUCGCGAUAACCAUGCUCCAAGAGGACACUGGACAAACCUCUGUCGAACUGCUCUCAACCAUCUCCAAUCAGCUCUCCAGUCUCACCGUCGUUCCUCCCUACAUCAACUCGACCUCCAACGGACCACCCAUCCAGCCAUUCCAACCAGAGUCUGCCGCCCGAUGGAUCAACAGCCUCUGGUUCAUUAGUCUCAUCCUUAGCCUUGCCUCUGCUGUUGUUGGUAUUCUAGCGAAGCAAUGGAUCCGCGAGUAUCUCCAGUGGGACAGUCCGACUUCUGCAUCGCGAGAGAACGUGCUCGUCCGCGAGAUACGCAUGGAGGCAUGGGAGGAGUGGCAUACGAUGACCAUUGUCUCUGCGGUCCCCGCGCUCCUUGAGAUAGCCAUCAUUCUCUUUACAUGCGGUAUGGCGGUGUUUGUCUGGACAUUGGAUGAUGUUGUAGCGGUCGUCGUGACGAUCUGCAUUGGCCUAUUCCUACUGCUCAUCGCCGCUCUCACCCUUCUCCCGGCCGUCUACAAACACUGUCCAUACAAGUCGCCUACUGCAUGGGCCGUAACUUGUUUCUUGCGCUGGCUCGUGAUAUGCUGCAGAUAUGCCAUCAAAACACUCCCGCGAUACCUGCACCUUACAUUACCAUCCACUUCCGCUGCACAAGGUCCAACUAUUUCCCAGUUCAACGACCACUGCGAAAAGAGCCACUCGCUCGCAUACCUGCGCCCAGAAGCAACGCCUACAUGGCGACUAAGAGAUCUUCGUGGUGCGCAGCCUUCUAAGCUGCGCAACGGUCAUGGCCAAAUGGCGAAAUCUCAUUCUGUCUUGCUGGAGGAUCUUAAACUAGAGUUGCAAGAUCCUAUCCAAUGGCACCUUGGCGAUCUCUCCGCCCCAGGAGCCCUAGCCCCAGCUGUCCUCCACACCCAUGCCACAGCCAUCAGCGAGGCGGAUCUGCUGUUUAAAGCCCUGGUUCAUUUUGUCAUAGAGUUACCCAACAGUGACAGUCUUCGGUACAUCGCACAAUGCGCUCAAUUAAUGCACCCACCACUCAACUGCUUGGCAGCCCCUGAUUACGUCGUCGACCUUUCUGCAGAUGUACACCUUGCAGAGAUCGCAUUAGACGGCGCCUUUCGUAACCUCUCCAUCUGGUAUAUGCUGUCUCGCUUGAACAGCACCGGCCCGGGAUAUAUGGGCUCCCUCACAUGCCACCCAUCCGUUACGCACGCUCGAGGACGGCCGACCAUCGUCGCAUCCAUUAUAAGCACGCUCAGAGGAUGCAUUCUGGAUGAACAGCCCCAGCGCGACAUGACGUGCACAUUCCUGCCCCCUGAAGAAGGUGGCAGUGCUAGGAUAACUGAAUACGAGGAGUCUCCUUUGCACAAUUCCCAGCAUAUCGUCAUAAGCUACGUCCUGGUCUAUAGUCUGCAAGGGCUGAUCUCUCACAUGCUACAUUCCAC